AUGAAGAAGAAUAUGGUGGCUAUUCCAAUAACGGCGGAUGAAGAAGAGGAAGAGGAGGACGAAGCAGUCUCCGAAGCGACCACGGAAGACUCUGAAUUUGAUUCAUCCGGAGGAGUAAGCAUUGAGGACUGGGAAAGCAGGACAUUCUCCGGAACGACCACGCAGGAGUCCCAAAGGGACUCACCUGGAGACUCGGACACCGAGGAUUCAGGUAACGGACACUCAGAUCUAGAACGGAGCCCAGACUCAGAGGUUCUCAGUGAGCAACAGCAUUCCGCUAUACAUCACAAGCAGAAAUACGACGAGAUCCGAUACCUAAGAACUCAUGGCGAUCCUGCGGCUGCGCUGAUACUAGCUACUCAGCUACUCAAGGAACCCAACCUGAGUCACUAUCGUCGAGCCCUUACCCACCUCCUCCUCAGCAAACUCCCACCUUUCAUCACCGAUGGCACAUACCACCUAUUACGGUGUCACCUGGCUUUACUUGCGUGGCGGGAUGAAGGGAUCCCGGAAGAAGCGAGACCGACUGUUGAAUAUCUUGCAAUACAGGCCACGGCACGGAUUUAUAAGUUAGCGAGAGAGGUGAGGAGAUCUGCAUUCAACCGUGGCGUAUACCAGGAGUACGAAGAGCCUGGUACUGGACCAUCAGGCCUGCCAUUGGACGUUGAUCACCAAUCCAUCGUUAUGGAGAGAGAGCUUCUUACUCUCAAUGCUCGAGCCUCCGACCACCCAGACUUGCAGCGGUGUAAUACGAGUAUUAAAAUGUUAUUGGAAUGGAUCAGUGAGAGCAGUAAUCCUUCGUGGUUAGUCGGCAGCGAAGCCUUCUUGCUUUAA